CUGCGCCUCUCUGCUCUCCUCCUAUCCAUGGCCGCACCUCUGAUUGUCUCUAUAUAAAUAGACAAGCUCCCGAGCCGCCGAUUUACGCAUCGGCCGGCAUGACGCGGCGUAUUCAGAGGGAGAAGAUGAGAGCAACGUGGGCUUUGCCGAGCCUCCUCCUCUUCCUCGCCUUCUCUUCUUCCUUUUGCAAAGCCUCAGCCUCCGCCUCCACAAAGCAAGACAAGGUCUACAUAGUGUACCUGGGCAAGCACGGCGGCGCGAAGGCGGAGGAAGCGGUCCUUGAGGACCAUCGCACGCUGCUGCUCUCCGUCAAGGGCAGUGAGGAAGAGGCACGGGCGUCGCUGCUGUACAGCUACAAGCACACCCUCAACGGCUUCGCGGCCAUCCUCUCCCAGGAAGAGGCCACGAAACUGUCAGAGAGGAGCGAGGUGGUGUCCGCGUUCCAGAGCGAGGGGAGGUGGGCGCCGCACACCACGAGGUCUUGGCGGUUUCUGGGCUUCGAGGAGGGGCUCGACCGUCGCCCCCCCGACGACGGUGGGGAUCAGUGGCUGCUGCCGUCGUCCCUCGACAAGGCCAGCGAGGACAUCAUCGUCGGCAUCCUCGACUCCGGGAUUUGGCCGGAGUCGAGGAGCUUCAGCGACCAAGGGCUCGGCCCGGUGCCGGCGCGCUGGAAAGGGACGUGCCAAGGCGGGGAUUCCUUCCCCUCCUCGUCCUGCAACAGGAAGAUCAUAGGCGCGCGAUACUACCUCAAGGCCUACGAGGCGCACUACAACGGCGGCCUCAACGCGACGUACGCCUACCGCUCGCCGCGGGACCACGACGGGCACGGCACGCACACGGCGUCCACGGCCGCGGGCCGCGCCGUGGCCGGCGCGUCCGCGCUGGGCGGGUUCGCGCGCGGGUCGGCCUCGGGCGGGGCGCCCCUGGCCCGCCUGGCCGUCUACAAGGCGUGCUGGCCCAUCCCGGGCCCCGACCCCAACGUCGAGAACACGUGCUUCGAGGCCGACAUGCUGGCCGCCAUGGACGACGCGGUCGGCGACGGCGUCGACGUCCUCAGCGUCUCCAUCGGCUCCUCGGGCGCCCCGCCGCGGUUCGCGGACGACGGCAUCGCGCUGGGGGCGCUGCACGCCGCCGCGCGCGGCGUGGUCGUCUCGUGCAGCGGCGGCAACUCCGGGCCCAGGCCCGCCACCGUGUCCAACCUCGCGCCCUGGAUGCUCACGGUUGCCGCCAGCAGCAUCGACCGCGCCUUCCACGCGCCGGUCAGGCUGGGCAACGGUGUGACGGUCAUGGGUCAAACCGUGACACCGUACCAGCUCCCCGGCGACAAGCCCUAUCCUUUGGUUUAUGCGGCAGACGCAGUUGUUCCUGGGACUCCCGCUAAUGUUUCCAACCCUGGUUCCACCGUCCACGAUCGACGCAGCCAAUGCCUGCCCAACUCCCUGGCCAGCGACAAGGUGCGAGGCAAGAUCGUCGUGUGCUUGCGGGGCGCUGGGCUGCGGGUGGGGAAGGGCCUGGAGGUGAAGCGCGCGGGCGGCGCGGCCAUUCUGCUCGGCAACCCAGCGGCCUCCGGCUCCGAAGUCCCCGUCGACGCGCACGUCCUCCCGGGCACCGCGGUCGCCGCAGCCGACGCCGACACCAUCCUCCGCUACAUCAACUCCAGCUCCAGCCCGACCGCCGUGCUGGACCCCUCCAGGACCGUGGUGGACGUCCGGCCGUCGCCGGUGAUGGCGCAGUUCUCGUCGCGUGGCCCCAACGUCCUGGAGCCCAGCAUUCUCAAGUACGCGCUGUUUUUUUUUUUUUGCCGUUUGCCCUCGAUGCAGCCGGACAUCACGGCGCCGGGGCUGAACAUCCUGGCGGCGUGGAGCGGGGCGUCGUCGCCGACGAAACUCGACGGCGACCACCGCGUGGUGCAGUACAACAUCAUGUCGGGGACGUCCAUGUCGUGCCCGCACGCCUCCGCCGCCGCCGCGCUCGUCAAGGCCGCGCACCCCGACUGGAGCUCCGCCGCGAUCCGAUCGGCCAUCAUGACCACGGCCACGACCAGCGACGCGGAAGGCGGCCCACUGAUGAACGGGGACGGGUCGGUCGCGGGGCCCAUGGACUACGGCUCGGGCCACAUCCGGCCCAGGCACGCGCUUGACCCUGGCCUCGUGUACGACACGUCGUACCAUGACUACCUGCUCUUCGCGUGCGCCGCCAGCAGCGCCGGGUCCGGGUCCCAGCUGGACCGCUCGGUGCCGUGCCCGCCGCGCCCGCCGCCGCCGCACCAGCUGAACCACCCGUCGGUGGCCGUGCGCGGGCUCAACGGCUCGGUGACCGUGCGCCGGACCGUCACCAACGUCGGCCCGGGCGCGGCGCGGUAUGCCGUCGCCGUCGUCGAGCCCGCGGGCGUGUCCGUGACGGUCUCGCCGAGACGGCUCCGCUUCGCGCGGGCCGGCGAGAAGAGGGCGUUCAGGAUAAAGUUGGAGGCGGCCAGCAGGGGGAGGAGCGGCGCACGCGUGGCGAGAGGGCAGGUCGUGGCCGGCUCGUACGCGUGGAGCGACGGCGGCGCCCAUGUCGUUAGGAGCCCCAUUGUUGUUAUCUUCGACUGAUCAUCGUUCGGUAAGCUAGUGGCUAGCCUCGCGCGGACAGACAACUCUGGAGGAGGAUAGGUGUUUAGCCAUACCUUGUUCGAAGCAGGGGAUGCAAGGCAAUGAAAACCUUCGGCUAUGUGUGGAAGAAUAAUCAUCACAUCAAGCAGAAAAAUAAAAUCCAGUUGUCUUAUGUGACGUUAUAAACCA